AACCGUUCCCAAAUACUAGCGUAUGUUUCCAAUUCUGCUCCGAUUACCAGAUCCUUCGAAUCCGAUAUCCAUGACCAGAAUAUUUUUGAGAUAAACACUCAACCAACAGGACUACGGCAUAUGUUUCCAAUUCGCCCCAAGAAAACUCUACUCAAACACUACAAACCCUAACCCUUCUUCCUCCAGACUCCUCGGUUGCCAUCGGACCAUGGUCACCGUAAUCACGUUGGCGACCACCGUAAUCACCGUAUCUAUCGCAUAUCUACCAUUUCAGCCGCCUCCGCAGAAUGAAUCCGCCGCCAUUUCUCCGGAGGUUGCGCUUGAUUGACGAUCGAUCUUCGGUUCGACAUUCUCGCUGUCCUCGCCGGAGGCUCGCUUGCGUAUUUAAUCGUUGGUGGAUUAGUUGAGCCCGCCGACGAAGCAUCGGUACUCUUUCUACAUCGCCGAUAGGAACAGAAACCUAUUCAGGUAAACUAAUUUUAUGGUGCCUGAAUAUUUCUUGAUCUGAGUUAGGGUUCUAGAAUCAUGAUCUUUCUUGCUAUUAGAGUCCAGAGGAAAGUGAUAGAUACGGAGAUGAAUUUUUUAAUAACAAGCCUGAUGGCUGAUGUUUUUGUUGUUCAGUCUUAGUUUCUUCUUGGAUUGGCUGCUGGAUCUGUCAUCUGUUUAAUUACCUAAGGAUUGUGUUUCCUAUGUUUAUAAGAGACAUCUAAAACCAUCAUAUUUCACUCAUCACUCUCUUCAAGGUUUUAUUAGCUACCUCUUUGUCUGCUUUGUAUGUCCUAGUUAAGCUACAAAUCUCGUGUAUUUAUUGAAUUUUUUUUUUUUUUUUAUGGCAAUAUGUUUAUUGAAUCUUGAAUUAUAAUUACAUAAUUUUUGUGUUUGUAACUUUGUUUCAAUAUUAAAGAACAUAAAAAUCCAAUAUGAAAAUGGCAAUAAUCAUAGUCUGUUUCUGUGGCAUCUUUUAGCAUUUGUGACUCAUAGUGAGCAAACUCUUCUUUUAUUUUUAAAAAUCUUUAGUAUUUACUUGGUUAUGCCAUGCAAUAGGUCGAAAAAGUUUAGGAGUCAUCAUAGGUAAAUCAUGCUCUGGAUGGUGAAUUUGACUCUUUGUGGACAUUAGGAAGUUCAGGAUUUCCUUGCUGAAGGUUCGUAUGGAUUAUGGAUUAACUAGAAAUCACUAACUUGUAACCUCUAAUUUCUAUUUGAAAAUGAAGUGAAUUCUUGUUUUAAGCCAUUUUUUCAGUUGCAAAAUUAUUAUUUGGAAAUUCUUUUGAAUGUCUUUGGGGCUCUUGAUGUUAUAGGAAAGGUGUUGACAUAUGAGUUUCAUUUAGUGACUAAUUAACUGCCAGCAAUUGAUAGCUUGUGGAAUAAGUUUUAGCAUUUUGUGACAGAAAUGAUGCGGUUACCAGUAUGGGUUAAUCUAUGGGGGUUUUCUUGGGGAAGAGUGUAGAAAGAAGUCAGUCAAAAUUGUUGAAACUUAGUAAUGUACUGAAAACUUGUUGAAGUUGACCACUACAAAAUUCUCCAGUUAUGUUUUUUCAUUUUUCAAUAUAUUUUCUGCCAAGCCUUCGGUAAAAGUAUAUAUAACCAUGUUUGGAGUGGAAAACUAGAGUAAAAUUUAACCCACAUC